UACAAUCGUGCGCGUAUGUACGCUGACGUUAAAAUUGCAAACAGGACUGGUUUCCAACUGUUUCAAGUGGUCUCUCGAGCUCUGUCAUGUUCAGUGACGUUUUAUUCUGAUCGGUGCCGAACGGGGUACACCAGUAUGUAAAUAAAGUUCACACAAAGCGGAUCACAUUCUUCGUGCCGACAAAUCAUCCAAAAACGUUGAUUUACUUAUGCCGUGGCACGUAGCAACAGCAACGUGAUCGUUAAUCGCCGCGUUUACAUUUGACGUCGUCGCACGUCAGUUGUGUCGUCGCCACCGUUCGGCCCGUGAACGUGUGUGUUGCAAGGUUCUACGCUCUUUUCUACGUAUACACGCACUCGACACACUUAUUCUUUUUAGGACUCAAACAAAUCGUGCCUCUCGCGAUCCGCAAUGGCGGAGACGAACGAGGCCGCGAAUUUAAACACGAAGAACGGCAAUUUUAUUUGCGGCGUGGUGGAAGGCUUUUACGGCCGACCAUGGACAACCGAGCAACGAAAGGAUCUCUUCCAGAAAUUAAAAAAAUGGGGAAUGGACUCCUACUUGUACGCCCCAAAAGAUGAUUACAAGCACCGUGCUUAUUGGAGGGAUCUUUACACGGUGGAGGAGGCCGAACAUUUAACUGGUCUAAUCACAGCAGCUAGGGAGUACGGAAUAACGUUUUAUUACGCUUUAUCUCCGGGUUUAGAUAUCACGUACUCCAGUUCGAAAGAAGUGACCGCCUUGAAGAGAAAAUUGGAACAAGUCAGUCAGUUCGGUUGUACGGCGUUCGCGCUGCUAUUCGACGACAUAGAACCGGAAAUGAGCGAGGCUGACAAAGAAGUGUUUCAAUCUUUCGCACAAGCUCAAGUCUCUGUUACGAAUGACAUUUUUCAACAUCUCGGUCAACCACGUUUCCUCUUAUGCCCCACGCAAUAUUGCGCGACGCGCGCAAUGCCGAACGUCACGUCUUCGGAAUAUCUCAACACUCUCGGUAGUAAAUUGGCUCAAGAAAUCGACAUAAUGUGGACCGGGCCCAAGGUUAUAUCGAGACUGUUGACGGUUGAGUCCAUCGAGGAGAUCACAGAAGUGCUCAGAAGGCCACCCGUUAUUUGGGAUAACUUGCAUGCCAACGACUACGAUCAGAAGCGAGUGUUUCUCGGACCGUACGCCGGUCGUUCUCCCGAUCUUAUACCUAAACUCAGAGGAGUUUUGACUAAUCCGAAUUGUGAAUACGGCGCGAAUUUUGUAGCGAUUCAUACAUUAGCACAGUGGAGCAGAUGUAACGUUGAUGGAAAAAGAGACCCAAGUUUAAAUGACACACUAUCGGCAGAUAUUAAAUUAGAAACUGAAACAGAGGAUGGCGUUCUAGGUGAAGACGUUCCGUCGACACUGUCGCCGAACAUGUAUCAUCCCCGACACGCCCUGAAGAACGCGAUAUGCGAGUGGCUGUUGGAGUUCAACAAGAAAAAAGCGGCUUGGGGAGUGAUAGCCAAGCCUCAGCCGUGCGUCGCGCCUACGAUACCCAUUCCUAUAAUUCCUUCCGUUAAUACGUGCAUGAGUCUUACGUCGACGACCACGACCACAGUUCCUGCCACACCUACCCCCGUGGCGAAUUCCAAUCAUCUUCAGGCCCUGGCCGAAGUUUGCUCAAGUGUGACGAGUGUCGACAGCUUCGCGCAACCUCCGUCCGGUCCUGUGAUGAACUCUCUGGUGUCGAAUAUAAAAGUGGUCAGCGAGCCCGUUCUGACCACGUUAUCCUCGGCGACUAUAAGCGGCGAACCAUCAGCGGCGUUGUCUUCUAUGGAACCUAUGGAUUGCAACACAACUCCGAACAAUUCACCGGCGCAUAUCGCGAAAAUACCUACGGACGACGAUGCUAUGGUAGAUAACAUUUCUACGUGCAGCGAGACUUCCGGAAGUAUGCAGGUGGAAGUGGACAGCACUUCUCCCACCGUGAACGGCACGCAGAUGAUAAUCGAGAACGACAUCGAGAAUCACGAGAGUUCCUCCGACACCGCGGACUCGGCGUCUCAGGAACCGGUGGACGUCGAUAAGCAACUCACGCACGAGGAUCUCUCGCUUCUGUGUGAUCUGUUCUAUCUGCCGUUCGAGCACGGUGGUCAAGGAAUUCAGUUGCUACAAGAAUUCAACUGGUUGAAGAGCAAUGCUCACGUCGUCAUAAAAAAAUCGAAGGAGGAAGAACAGGUGUCUGAAUCGGAUAUCGAAGAAUGGCACCAACGUGCGGCCAAAUUGAACGACAUGUGUAACGCGGUAAACAGAUUAUUCCAAAGACUCACGUAUUGCAACAAUCGUGAGUUGUUGUACGAUCUAUAUGCGUAUGUAUGGGACAUGAGGGGAGUUGUGUCUCUUCUAAAUAGUUACGUGAAAUGGCUAGCGUUUGGCAGAUUCCCAUCGACGAUGACGACGUUUACCCAGGGCAGCUACACAUGGUUCUCGAACGGUUGGAAAGAAACGUUUAUGAGCGGAGAUCAGGAGCCAUGGGUUUUUCGCGGUGGACUUACAGCUGAUUUGCAGCGAUUGAUCCCGGUGGACAGUGGUAACGACUUGUUCGUUUAUAAAGCACCAGAAGUGCCCAGUAGCAAAAUAUACACAAUUCGUCCGUACUUGCCGAGCGACGAGCAAGCGGUUUACGCGGUGUGCAAUCAGAUUAACAAUUGCACCUCUUCGUCAGCCGUAGCGGAGAGAUACGUCGGAGGAUACUUGACAUUGAGUCCGGAAUUGUGCAUGAUUGUCGAGGACGAGAACGGUAUAGUGGGUUACGCGGUCGCCACGCUGAACGUAAAAACCUACAAUCAGAAGAUGACCGUUUCCUGGAUCCCGGAAUUGCGAAUAAAGUAUCCCUUGAACAGCAUCAUCAGCGAGAUGCCGCAAAACAUUCAGGAUGCAAUACAGUACUUCCACUCGUUCAUUCCCGAUGUUUCGGAACAACUGUGCAGACAACACCCGUCGAAGCUCGCGUGCGCCGUUUUGCCGAGCGUAACGGAUCAAUCAGUUUGUAAACGUUUAAUAACCUGCGUUCUUGCGGCUUUAAGAGCAAACGGUUCUUUCGGCGUACAUACAACGAUGUUGUCAACGGACAAAGAGUCUCACGAGUUCUACGGAAAAUUAGGUUUCGUCGAUUUAAAUCCGGUUCACGAGGAGCAUCCCGGAAUUAAAACGAUGUGCAGAAGUUUCUAACAGAGAAUCAGUACCCCGGUAAUCUUUGUUAACAAAGUAUACCUGCUCCGAUCUAAGAAGUCGAUGAUUUCCUAGUGUUUAAAGCAAAAGACUACUACUAAUACUAAUUAAUUAAAAACGCCUUUGUUUAAAAAAAAAAAAAAAAAAAA